CCCUAUGUUUGCAUCAAAAAUAAAUUACCUCCAAAGAUUUUACCAGCAACAAAAUGAGCCCACUGCUGGUAUUACUGGUGCGGUAGCUUAUUGUGUUCAACUUCCCUGUUAUUGUUCCUCAUCGAGGCUCUCAGGAGGAACAAAACAGAGAUGUUUAGAUUUUACAUCAGUGUGUUGGAGACACAGCAUCAGAGGACAAGAUUUAAACUGGAUUAUCCUUUUAUUGAUAAUAUUUCAUAGAAGAAGCCUCGUUUUGAGGCGAGAGGAACUGUGAAGGAACUUCCUGCCUGCUGCUGGUUCCGUUGUCGUUUUCAUCCUGAGGUAAAAUGUCUUCUCAGUCAGAGAAGGAUCUUACGUGUCCCAUCUGCCUUCACAUUUUUGUAGAGCCUGUUGUCCUGUCCUGCAGCCACAGCUUCUGUAGAGGCUGUCUGCAGAGAUGGUGGUGGGAGAAACAAAAGGAGGUGUGUCCACUUUGCAGGGAGAUGUCUCUGUUUAGAUAUCCUCCACGUAACCUGGCAUUAAAGAACCUGUGUGAGACCUUCACACUGGAGAGGAAACAGAAAGCUUCAGCUCCAUCUGAGCCUCUGUGCAGUCUUCACGCUGAGAAGCUUAAGCUGUUCUGUCUGGAUCAUCAGCAGCCCGUUUGUCUCGUCUGUCGAGAUUCAAAAUCUCAUAACAACCACAGGUUUCGGCCCAUCGCUGAGGCUGCUGAGGACCACCGUCAGGAGAUCCUGAUAGCCCUGAAACCCCUGAAGAAGAAACUAAAGAGCUUAAAAAGAGUUCAGGGACGAUGGGAGGAAACAGCAGAACACAUCAAGGUUCAGGCCAAACACACUGAGAGGCAAAUCAGGGAGCAGUUUCGGAGGUUUCACAAGUUUCUGCAAGAGGAGGAAGAAGUCAGGAUUGCUGCUCUGAGGGAGGAAGGGCAACGAAAAGGUAAAGAAAUGAGGAGGAAGGCUGAAGGUCUGGCCAGAAUCAUAUGGGUCCUCUCAGACACAAUCAGAGCCUCAGAGGAGGAGCUGAGAGACGUUGCUGUCUUACAAAGCUACCAGGAGGUGAAAAGGAGAAUCCAGCAGUACCCCCUGCUGGAUGACCCACAACCAGGUCCAGGAGCUCUGAUAGAUGAGGCAAAACAUCUCGGAAACCUGAGCUUCAACAUCUGGACAAAGAUCAAGGAGAUGGUCUCCUACACUCCUGUGAUUCUGGAUCCAAACACAGCUCAUCCAGAACUCAUCCUGUCUGAGGAUCUGACCAGUGUGAGGUUCAGGCCGAGACAGAAGCUUCCAGACAACCCAGAGAGGUUUGACCAACAUCACUGUGUUCUUGGCUCUGAAGGUUUCACCUCAGGAGCUCAUACCUGGGACGUGGAGGUGAGAAACGAGGACAAUUGGGGUGUUGGAGUGGUGAAGAAAUCGGUUCUGAGGAAGGGACCGAUCCAGGUGGGGUACUGGGGAGUUUGUCUCUUUGAUGGGAACUACAGGGCAGUCUCUUUCCCACAUCCAGAACAAGUUCUCCCAGUGAAGACGCUCCACAGGAUCCGGGUCCAGCUGGACUGGGACGGAGGAAGCUUGUCAUUCUUGGAUCUGGAGACGAACAAACUAAUUCACAGAUUCAGUCACAGGUUCAUGGAGAAGCUGUUUCCUUUUAUAUCGACCAAGAAUAAAAUCCCGCUGAGGAUUUCACCACAGACCAUCUCUGAAGCUGCUUCCCUGUAGUCUGUCUGCAUAUUUUAUUAUAAUUUAUCUUCUUAUGCAUAAACAUCAGCUAUUGACUGUAGAGCAGAAAUGGUAACAGUUUAGUUUUAUUGGCUUUGUGUUUAAAUUUGCUAGUUAUUUUUUCUUCAUUAGUUAAACCAGACGAGUCUUAAUGAGACA